CAACAUUUUCCAAUUUACCUAUUCAUCGCAGAAGUACUAUAACAACAAUUUGGUUUAUAUAUGUUUAUCAUCCUAUAAGCUAAAUGUCAAGUUAACGAUAGAUUCUUGUAAAAUGGAACGUAAAUUUCUAGUGAUCAUUACGAAUUCAUUUCUGGCGGAAUAAAAAUCAAUGACUUGUAUAAAUUCGAUGUUGUUUUGAUAUUUCUAUGUCGGUAUCUACAUUAAUUGUUUGUGCGGGUGUUAUAAAUUGAUUGUAUUCUUUUAUUAUUGAAUAGUCAAGAAUAAUCGUACAUAAAUGUUGUGAUUUACGAAUAAUUUAUACAAAUCUAUAAAAAUGCUGCAAGACGACGAAUUUGAGCUUAUGGUGACGACGGAGGAAAGGGUGAAAAGGUUGGGAUUUCGUCCUCAAAAGGAAAUUUUGACCAACCAUCUGUUGCCAUAUGCCGAAGAGCUCGAUGAGGAGUCCAACAAGUUCCUCGCACAGGUCAAGAUAAACCUGGCGAAGGCGGUAAUGCUCCGGGAAAUGAAACCAGCCUGUGGCGUAUGGACAUCCAGGCUAAUGAAAUAUAUCAGAAUAUAUGGAUUGAAAUUCAGCAAAGAAGAUCAUUUAGCCUUUAUAAAGCUUGCAUAUGAACUGGUCCUCAUUCCUGAUUUGGAGCCAUGUAAAAUUCAUAAAUUUUGCACAUUGUUUAUCAUGCUUACCAAGAAAAGACAUUUAAUACCACCAGAGGAACUAACCUUGUCGUGGAGACCACUUUUUGAACUUGGAAAAGCAUUGUUUGAUACGAAUUCAACACAGAUUGGAAUGUUUCACUAUCUCACGCCCAAACGAUCUGGGAAUAAAGCUUCAAUGCUCGAUAUGGUACGAAAGUUCUUAUCUGGUUAUGGGCUAGAUGACGCACUCGAACUAUUUGGCCUGGCGUCACCCACAGAGGAUGAAUUACCAACGUCCCUUGAGGCGUCUUAUACGUCUAUGGUGAAAUGUGCUAGACCGUACUUCGAUGUUGGUGCUACAAAAGAAAUGCUUGACGAAUUUUUGCCUUACAUCAGCCCAUGGUCUAUGAGUACUCAUAUGAAUACGCCGCUGGUAUUUUUGCCCAUAGGAUUGAACCCACGUUACGCCUCGCAAGGUCACGAAUUGUGGUUUGAUAAAUUAAACACACUCUGGGAUACUUGCUCCAACGCUCAAUGUGGUGUUACGGACAUAAUGGUACUUUUCGCCAAUUUAGCUAAGAGGAAUCCUGGGGCAGUAGAUUGGAGUCCACAUGCACCAAAGAUGUUUAUGAGAUUCCUUCAUGCUCUUAACCUACCUGUGUCUUAUAAAGAUAUGCACCACAAUAAGCAUAACAAUUUGGACAUGAAAUAUGUGGCAUCAUGGAUUGUGUGGACAAUUAACCCUGACGGUGUGGUUUUGAAGCAUUUAAAAUCGUUCUUAGCGGGUGUCGAAAGUUAUUUACAUAGCGCAAAUGCGGGUCGGUGGUCAUAUAAACUGAGGGAUCUGCUGAAAAAAUUAGCCAGAGAGUUUUUAAACAGAGUGCGACGCGAAAGUGAAAAAAGAUAUUUAGAUUCCUGGGAAAACAAAACGCCGGACGCUUAUAAACUCCGAGAAGAAGACAUAACGGAGUUCGUGCAACUCGUCCUUGAACCAACAUAUCAAGCAGUGUAUACGCGGAGUGGAGUACUAGACGUAUCUGUCGCCUUACAAAACCUCGCUACAUUGAGACCUGCCAUAGUGAUUCCUCCUUUGCUGGAAAAAUUUAAAACUGCCCUGACCUCACUAACGGAACCUCACAGAGUGACAGCCGCUAUGUCCGCAGUCUCAGCAGUGGUUCGACCAAUGCUUAGGGGCGCUGAUGCUGGUUAUCCAGAAGGUCAAACCCACGUUGUCCCCAUUUUGAUGGCAGUUCUGCCCGGCCUCGACCCAAAUGACAUUAAAAAAACAAUAGUCACCUUGCAUUUGAUAUUGAUGUUCAGCAGUAUGAUAUCCUAUAUAGAUUGCAGCUCUGCUCACGAGCACUGGACGGAUUUGACAGAAGAAGAACUCUUAACGUGUGAAUCGACUGCACAGCUAGAAGAUUUUGUUCUUGUUUUCCUCGAUAAACUGCUUACAAUUAUUGAGUCUAGUACUAUGGAACUCCCACGAUUGGAUACCAAAGACUCCGACUUGGUACGCAGUAAGACAGAUGCCGUGAUGGAGACUGCUAUUUCGUCCGCAGUGCAGUCAGUUUUAAUGCAAUGUUCGCCGAAAAUAUUUAAAGAAGCUCUUCGAAAGUUUAAGGCGUUUGCCACUGAAUCAACAUAUGAAACAAACGUUUCUGGAAGCAUGAUUGGUGUUUUGUUGAAAGUUUUCGCGCGUAUAGAUGCGGAGUCAACACUUGCAGCGUUUUUACCACAACUUAGUGAAGAACUGCUCGAACUUAUGUCCACUGAAGAAGCUUUACGCGAUGAAAAUCCACCGCGCGAUCUUGUGUACAGACUCGUUCUAUUUAUGCAAGUUGUCUGCUGUGAUGGGACAGUCCUGAUAAAAUAUAUUCCUCAAAUUUUGCCAGUCCUUGAUAAAGCACUCAAGUUGCAUUCCAAUUAUGCGUUAACUCGUGCGUCUGAUUGCUUGAGUAAUAUAUUUAAUUCUUUGGCCUAUAUUGAUUUAAAGGAAGGUAAAUGUUCGCCAAAGGAUUAUGGCAGUGCUCCAGAGAAAUGGUUGCCUAUUCGCGAGUGGGGUAGUGGGUGUUUAAUGAAAGAUGUGAAUUUUAAAUGGCAUGUACCGUGUAAAGAAGAAGCUGAUUGUGCCCAGAUGUUGGUAGAUCGGUAUUUGAAGCCAGAAAUCAAUAGAAUCAAGCAAUGGCUUAAUGAUGAGCGACCAAUGUGCCGUGAGAGAAGAUUACGCAGCUUCCACAUAAUAAAUUCGGUACUGUCGUGUAGCACACUUUUACCGCCACCCAAUGAGGAGCCUAUUCCACUUUUGGAAUCCCAUGUACCAGCAACAAAUAUGCCUUAUUCCAAUGGUGUUAAGCACACAGUUACCUUGGACGGUAUGAACUUGAGGGUGGCCCUGACACGUCUUCUCUUGGAUGUCCAGUCUCGUAUGUUGGCUGAAAAGACGGAUGACACGCGUGGUUUGGAAAUGCUGUUACAGGUCUGGGAGAGAGUGAUAGUAAUAAAGAAUUUACGUAACGGCCCCGGUUUAGAAACACGAAUGCGAUCAUACGGUGCUCUAGAACGUGCCUUAGAAGGCAGAGGGGGUCUAGGUGGGGGGCCGGUGAAGCCCGGUGGUGCUCGUCUGCGAAUGCUACUGGCUGAUGCUGCUCGACUCCAAGAAGAGGCGAGGCUGGACUUGGUGUGUGACUCUGGGAUCACACCCUCAGCUCUCGAUGGCCUCAACGCCUUGUACGAACUAUCCAUAAAUACAUAUAGUUCCGUUCGCAUCGCGGCCCAAGUACCACUGUAUUGGAUGCUGAGUCACUACGCAUAUUCAUACCGGGUUCUUGUCCCGAAAUUAGUCGAACUAUUCAGCUCCAUAGGAGAGGGUGACGAAUGGCACGCCAAGCAUAAAGGAGCACUUUGCAUCCUAUUGGGCCCCAAAACGGGGCCAAUUAUUGCUAAGCAAGAUUGGGAAGUCGUUAGAGCUCUUUGGCCAGCAAUGUUGAAAGCGCCAGUCAGUGAAAAACCAAGUAUACAUAGACUCGAACAAGCAUUCAGCGACUCUUUGCACCGACACUUCCCAGCCACAAACACGAGGCUCACGAUCACAGACACUUGCGUUGAAUCAGCAAAACUUCUCAUGACCGAGGAACAAUUUAAUGAUCCAGAGUUCCAAAAUAUAUUCAGUAAGGCUAAGGAAAUAGAAGAAGCCCUUUCGAACCACGCUGAGAAACAAUAUCUUGAACUUAUCGAUGAAUUGGUGGGCAUUGCUGAGUCAUCAAAUGUUCAAUGGCGUCGCUUAGAGUUAGCUAUGCAAAUGCUAACAUUCUGUCCGUCCCUCCAAACACCGUAUCCGCCUAGCGCUGUUAGACUCUUCGUCAAGUCACUGGUACAUGAAGACAUAAUUGUCAGAAGAAUUGCCGGUCGGUUAACUCUGUACGCUAUUAAGCAACGUAAGAGCAAAGUAAAGAAAAUCAAAGUGGAUCCUUAUGAAGUGGCUGGUGUUCCAAAACCAGAAAAUCACAUACCAGGCUAUAGAAAAGAUCUUGAAUGGGCACUUUGGUCACCAGAAAGAGAAUUAACAACUGACGAAGACUGGGAUAAGCCUUGGUUAAGAAAUGUCUCCUGUGGAUUUUAUGCUUGGCCCAAAUAUAUCGAGGUAGCAGCACCUCAAAAAGAACAGAACCUUGCUUUAGAUAGAAAUCCUGAAGACAUGGAAGAGGGUGAACGGUAUCUUUUUGAGUUCUUCGCUGAUGAACAGAACAUCAACAAAUUGCUGAACUUCCUGACAGUGGAGGAAAAGAAAGGGAAAGAUAAAUUCAACGUGAUGCGUUGUACCAUGUUCAGGAUGAUAUUCGCGAACUUCGGCGAGCGGGUGUGCGCAAAGCUAAUGGAGCACGCACUGGCGUGCGCGGGCAAGCCGGACGAGACGAUGCAGCGGUUUGCGGCUGAGAUCGCGUCGGCCGCGCUGCGGGCGCCCCGGGACUGGCCCCGGGAAAGGGCGCUGGCCCUGCAAAGAGACGCUAUGAAGAUUGUUGUUGUUGGUCUAACAGCAGUAAUCCCAGAUUCAACGGAGGAUUGGAGCACAUGCAUGAUAAACGCAGUGGAGAAGAUGGAUCCCACACGCAAUACGGAAGUGCUGAAAUCACUGUUACAGUUGUGUGCGCCCUCGCUGGGUGACAGCACUGACCAGGAAACUUCAUUUGUGGCUUGUGCUCGAAUAUAUGCACUGCAGGACGCAAUCAACGCGCUCGCCUGGCGCGCGCCCGCAUACGCCGCGGAAUUGUUGAAAAGAUUAGAAGCAGCUAAUUUUAUGCAACAUCCAUACCAGAAUGUUCGAGAAAACGUGGGCGUUGCUUUCAUGGCGAUAUUUAAUACGGACGUGGUGUUUCCCGGCGGCGAUAAUAAAUAUGCACCGAAAUUGGAAGAUUUCCUCGAUUCUAUAAAACCCAAGAUUGCUGCUUUGUACGACGAACACGGAGAUAUCGUGAUAAAAUCAGCGGCGGCGAUGGCGGAACAGUGCAGCAGUGCGUGCGCGCAACAGGCGAGCCACGGCCCACAGAGCUCGGCGCUGGUGCGGCAACUGCAGGGGCUUGUGGAGGCGCACCGCGGACCGCACGACGAUCGACCGCAGGUUUCUAGAACAAUCUAA